AUGGACAACGAAAGCGAAUCUACAACAACGAGUGAGGAUGAGGCACGACUUGAAAGUAGUCCUUCAGAUGGUAUUAUUACUUCUGUUGUUAUUUUUGUUCUUUUAUGCGUUUUACUUGUUAUCCCCAUACUUCAACUAGCAAUUGGUACAUCAUUUCAAAAUCAAUGUCCAGUUAGUCCAAAUAUUUCCACAUAUCUCAUUGUAUCAGGUGCGUGUGGUAUUGCAACUAUAGUUCUUAUCAUAAUUAUGGGUAAUGUAUGGGUAUUCAGGGUGCAUAGUAAAGUUGAUUUGGAUAAUCCAUUAUCAAGUAAUUAUUGUCAACGAACAUUGUAUCAAUUUGCUUUUACAAUAAUAAUUAUGACUUACGUUAUAAGUGUUAUAGGUUGUUGUUGUUCGUACUUUCGUUGUUGCAACGUUGGAAAAGCACAAUUAAAAUCUGAUAAAGAGCGUAUGAUUAUGUUAAGACAAAUGAAAAGACAAAGACAUUUAUAA